GAGCUAACUAGUGAUGGCUUUUGGAGCAUUAUAGCUUAAGAGUUUCAUAAUAUUUAGAAUUGGAGCUAUUUUGUAUCUAAGAAUAGGACGAGGUGUUCCUUUAGUGUAAAUUACAGUUUAGACUUAUUGGUAUAUGUACAUAUUUGUAUCUGUAUGGACAUGUUCAACCUAAUGCUGGGGUUUAGUCAGCUUAAUAAUCUUUACUGGACGCUUUUCAAUCUUGAAACUUGACCUUCUUUAAACUUAUUCCAUUGUACUUGGGAAGAUUUAGUUAGUGAUAAUGUGUAUUUAAGAAAGCUAAUUGUUUUUGCACUGUCGCGUACUAGUUCAAUUUUGAUACUGUUCCUCACUUCCUAUACCCUUGGCUCUUUAUGUGGUUGGGACUUGGGAAUAUCAUUAUAUAUUACAAUAAAAUGUAGUAUCACUAUGAUUUUUGAGAAACCUGUUAACAUAGUCCUUCCUCUUUGGUGGGAAGAAAACAAAUCAGAAUCUUAUAUGCUACAGUUUUGAGAUUGAUUUUCUCUCCCUUGUUUUACUUUCCGUUUCCAUGUCAGUCCGUUCUUCUACUGAGCAUAAAAUAGGGAAGAUCAGCACCCAAGGGUGUGGCCUAGCGGCUAGCAGUAAGGAAUGGGCAUGAGAGAUCAAGGUUCAAAUCCCAUCAGAGCAGCAAAAUACCUUAUGUGAUUUCUUUCCAUUUGUAAGCCCUGGUGGAUAGAGUUAGGCAUCACCUUGAGCCAAUCUUAUUCAAUGGAUUAUGACUUCUUCACUUAAGCGUUCUAUCGAAUUUUCAUUGAUGGACUAGUGGACUCAUUCGACUCAUCUAGUGGAUUAGUUGAGGUGCACACAAGCAAGUGGGAUACCCCUGUUAUUUAAAAAUAAAGGAACAUCAAGAUAAAAGGGAAGAAAUUGGAUCGAUCCUCCUACAUGCUAGUUUGAACGAUGAUGAUCCUCUCUCUCUCUCUCUGUGUUUUUUAUAUGUCAAUCUCCUGUUAUACUUGGCAGAAAAUGGGGCAUUUUGGAGAACACUUUACAAUUGGCAUGUUUAUUUCACAAGGUUUUACUGAUUACAAACAAAAUUUACAAGGUUUGGCACUUUGGUUAAAUAUUUCUUGGGACAAGCCAAUAGUAUAGGCAGGUGGGCAGCUCUCUCUACUAUCUCUCUAAGACAUUAUUUUUUGUGUGUUGUUUUAUUCUAAUAGUCUCUACUCCAUUCUAUUAUAUGAAAAUAAAAUGUAAGGAAUUGAAGUAACCUGUAUCAGCUUUGUGUCUUUGCUUCAGAAAAAUUGAAGUGGCCCGUAUUUUACUCCACUAGGGCAAGGACAUAUUUCAGUCGCACUUACUAAUAGAAUAUAAAAAGAAGAGAGCACAUGGCAACGGAUGCCACAUAUUUGUUUUGUAAAGAAAUUGCUGUGACUCUUCGUCUUCUGGACGUUUCUUUUUUCAACGGGGAAAAUGAUUUGGCUUAAGCACUUCAUAACUUUUAUGUACUUGCAUACGUAUUUAGUCCUAUUUUAUACACUUAUUAUGUGUUUGCAUUUUAGUCUCUUUUUCCUCUUUUUGCAGGUUAUAUCAGAAAUAAUUGAAACCUGCCGAGCUCAUGAUUUUACAGAUGUAAUUUUGGUCCAUGAGCAUCGUGGUGUGCCUGAUGGUAUUAUCAUUAGCCAUCUGCCAUUUGGUCCAACUGCUUACUUUGGAUUGCUCAAUGUGGUCACGAGACAUGAUAUAAAGGACAAAACAUCUAUUGGAACCAUGCCGGAGGCGUACCCACAUCUGAUUUUUGACAAAUUGUCAACAAAGCUUGGUGAGAGGACAGUUAACAUCCUAAAGCAUUUGUUUCCAGUACCCAAGCCUGAUACAAAACGUAUUAUCACAUUUGCUAAUCAGUCGGACUACAUUUCAUUCAGGUUAGUUUCUUGUUUGUAGUAGUUAAAUUACUUAAAAAUUAAUGGUGUCAUACGAGCAGAAUGAAGCUUGUAAAGUGUAUCUUUGGCAUUGGCUAUCCUUAAACAAGUAGAUAUAUAUCUGACUUCUGUUUCAAUAGAUUGCACCCGACCAUGUUCUAUUAUUUUUUCUUUUUGGUAACAUUUUAUUUCUUUUUCAAAGUCCAUCAUUUCAAGGAUGUCUCUUUUAGUUGUUUCA